AUGGAGAAGGAAACCCCCCUUGCCAAUGCGGCAUUCUGGGCAGCGAGGAGGGGCAACCUGACUCUGCUCCGCCUGCUACUGAACAGCGGCCGUGUGGACGUGGACUGUAGGGACAGUCAUGGCACCACGCUCCUCAUGGUCGCCUCCUACGCUGGCCACAUAGACUGUGUGAAGGAGCUUGUCCUGCAGGGAGCGGACAUCAAUCUCCAGAGAGAGUCAGGUACAACCGCCCUUUUCUUUGCUGCCCAACAAGGACAUAAUGACGUCGUGAGAUUUCUCUUUGAAUUUGGAGCAUCCACUGAAUUUAGGACCAAAGAUGGAGGCACUGCCCUCCUGGCCGCCAGUCAGUAUGGGCACAUGCAGGUGGUGGAGACCUUGCUGAAGCACGGAGCCAACAUCCACGACCAGCUCUAUGAUGGAGCCACUGCACUCUUCCUAGCAGCCCAAGGGGGUUACUUGGAUGUGAUUCGAUUAUUGUUGUCUUCAGGCGCAAAGGUCAACCAGCCGAGGCAGGACGGGACAGCACCGCUGUGGAUCGCCUCGCAGAUGGGCCACAGCGAGGUGGUGCGGGUGAUGUUGCUGCGCGGGGCCGAGCGCGAUGCCGCCCGCCACGAUGGUACAACAGCUCUGCUGAAAGCAGCCAACAAAGGGUAUAAUGACGUUAUAAGGGAGCUGCUGAAAUUCUCACCCACCCUUGGUAUUUUGAAGAAUGGGACCUCGGCGCUCCAUGCGGCGGUGCUCAGCGGGAAUAUUAAGACAGUUGCCCUGCUCCUGGAAGCAGGGGCGGACCCAGCCCUGAGAAACAAGGCCAAUGAACUUCCAGCAGAACUAACCAAAAAUGAACAUAUACUGCGUCUCCUCCGAAGUAAAGAAGGACACAGGAAGAGCUAACUCAGUC